UUUAACUUAUAGCAACUGUAUGGUAAAUUAUGACAGCGUACACGAGAAACGCUCAGUUAGUGUGGAAUGUGCUGAACGGAGUGUUUAACAUUUACAAACCAUCCGGAGUCCAUCCUCUUACAGUUAGAAGCACAAUAAUCUCAAAUUUGUGCAGAGAUCUUAACGAAUUGGAUGUAAGACCUCCAAUGGAGCAUGUGAGCAUCGAGGGGCCAACAAAUAAAGAAAUGAGGGUCACAGUGAGGAACAGCUAUGCAGAUCAUCCACUUGUUGUUGGACCACGUUAUUUGCCAGAUAACUUCAAAAUGGCUUUUGCAAACAAACUGCCUGUGGAAGCCUCUGGAGUUAUGAUUUGUGGAGUCAAUUCUGGUACAGCAUUGACUUAUAAGUUGAAACAAGCUUGUUUAACGAAAUUCUAUAGGGUAAAAGGCAUUUUGGGACAAGCAAGAGUGGAUAACUACAUCACAGGUUCAAUUUUGGAAAAGGCAACUUGGAAAAAAGUCAAGAGAGGCAAUAUCGAUCGGAUCUGUGCAGCAGUACAAGCUGCCCACCAGAAAAAAAUGUUUGAAAAUUCCGGAAUAGACAUACAGAGUCAAGAAGCAUUUGAUCUAGCUGCAAAGGGUCUAAUAAGACCAGCAGACCAGCAAAUUCCUACAAUAUAUUCCAUAAAAUGUGUUGAUUUCAAACCACCUGAAUUUACUUUGGAGAUCGUCUGCAUUAAUGAAGACAAUGAAUACCUGAAGUCAUUAGUUUCUGAAAUAGGGUACCGAGUUAAGAGUGUGGCUCAUUGCAGUUACAUACAGUGCUCUCAGUUUGGUCAUUUUAAUGUCAAGAAUUCGUUAUUGUCCAAACACUGGGAUUUACAAAAUAUUUUGGACAGCGUUAGUCAGUGUCAUAGGAUAAUAAAAGAAAAUCCGUACAUGAUAAAACAAGAGCAUGCAAAUCUUGUACCAGCCCAAGCCGUGGCGCAGCAAUAA